AUGGUGGUAGAUAGAGUAGAAGAACGUUAUAUUGUGGUAGAUAGAGUAGAAGAACGCACUAUUGUGGUAGAUAGAGUAGAAGAACGUAGUAUUGUUGUACAUAGAGUAGAAGAACGUACUAUUGUGGUAGAUAGAGUAGAAGAACGUACUAUUGUGGUAGAUAGAGUAGAAGAACGUACUAUUCUGGUAGAUAGAGUAGAAGAACGUACUAUUGUGAUAGAUAGAGUAGAAAAACGUAUUAUUGUAGUAAAGAGUGUAGAAGAACGUACUAUUGGUGUAGAUAGAGCAGAAGAACAUAGAGUAGAAGAACGUAGUAUUCUGGUAGAUAGAGUAGAAGAACGUACUAUUGUGGUAGAUAGAGUAGAAGAACAUACUAUUGUUGUAGAUAGAGUAGAAGAACGUACUAUUCUUGUAGAUAGAGUAGAAGAACGUACUAUUGUGGUAGAUGGAAUAGAAGAACGUACUAUUGGUGUAAAUAGAGUAGAAGAACGUACUAUUGGUGUAAAUAGAGUAGAAGAACGUACUAUUGUGGUAGAUAGAGUAGAAGAACGUAUUAUUGUAGUAAAGAGUGUAGAAGAACGUACUAUUGGUGUAGAUAGAGCAGAAGAACGUAGUAUUGUGGUAGAUAGAGUAGAAGAACGUACUAUUGUGAUAGAUAGAGUAGAAGAACAUAGAGUAGAAGAACGUACUAUUGGUGUAGAUAGAGUAGAAGAACGUACUAUUGGUGUAGAUAGAGUAGAAGAACGUACUAUUGUGGUAAAUAGAGUAGAAGAACGUACUAUUAUGGUAGAUAGAGUAGAAGAACGUACUAUUGUGAUAGAUAGAGUAGAAGAACGUAGUAUUAUGGUAGAUAUAGUAGAAGAACGUACUAUUGGUGUAGAUAGAGUAGAAGAACGUACUAUUGUGAUAGAUAGAGUAGAAGAACGUACUAUUGUGGUAGAUAGAGUAGAAGAACGUACUAUUGGUGUAGAUAGAGUAGAAGAACGUUAUAUUGUGGUAGAUAGAGUAGAAGAACGUACUAUUGUUGUAGAUAGAGUAGAAGAACGUACUAUUGUGGUAGAUAGAGUAGAAGAAUGUACUAUUGUGGUAGAUAGAGUAGAAGAACGUACUAUUGUGGUAGAUAGAGUAGAAGAACGUACUAAUCUUAUGGUAAAUAGAACACAAGAACCAUUGGUAUGGUAA